CGGAACUUUAGUUUGCAGAGUUGUUUUGACGUCUAAUAAUCAUGGAGGAUAAACAGUGCAGUUCGGACAGCAAUUUUACCCCAGACCCAGGGGGAGCAAGAACAACACAAGCUACUCCAUGUGACAAGUCCUCAGAGAAAAUGAUUGGCAGACAGCUGACUGAACAGGGCCGCUUUGCUUAUGCUGCACUGUGUGGUGUCUCUCUGGGACAGUUGUUUACAGGACCUGAGAACAGUGUGUUCAGGGAACAGUAUCUGCAGGGAUUGGUCCGCUGGCUGGACCUGGAUGAGUCUGUGAUGCCGGUCAUGGGUGCGUUCCUGUCAGGCCUGGGCUUUGAGGGCUCUGACACCUUCCUCUCCACCUUACAGGCUGAAUCUCUGCUGGCUGCAGGGCCCAUCCCCAUCAUGCAGGAUCUCGUGUCUUUCUCUGUCGAAGAUGGCCAAUAUGAUGCCAGAUCCCGGGUUCUCAUCCGUCAUGUCAGCUGUCUGCUCCGUGUUUCUCCACAGCAGCUGGAGGAGUUUGAGGAAACACUGGGAGAGAGUCUGAGGGAAGUAGGAGAGGAGAGCGAAGAGGAGUCCUCUCGGCGGCGGAGAAGAGAAAGAGGACGGAAGUUACGGCGCUACUUCCUAAUUGGAUUAGCCACCGUGGGCGGAGGAACUGUGAUUGGUGUGACAGGUGGGCUGGCAGCCCCUCUGGUGGCAGCAGGAGCUGGUGCUGUGCUCGGGGCUGGUGGAGCUGCUGCUUUGGGUUCAGCCACUGGAAUUGCAAUCAUGGCCUCUCUGUUUGGAGCAGCAGGAGCUGGAUUGACUGGCUAUAAGAUGAAGAAAUGUGUUGGAGCUAUAGAAGAAUUUGAAUUCCUGCCACUAAGCUCUGGAAAACGCCUUCACCUGACCAUUGCAGUGACAGGUUGGCUCUGCAGUGGUAAAUAUAGUUCGUUCCAGGCCCCGUGGUGCAGCCUGGGUGAAUGUGGGGAGCAGUACUGCCUGGUGUGGGAGUCACGUUUUCUCAGGGACCUGGGCUCAGCCAUGGCUUCUCUGCUGGAUGGACUGGUCAGCAUUGUGGCUCAGGAAGCCCUCAAGUACACAGUGCUCUCAGGCAUUGUGACGGCUCUGACGUGGCCCGCGUCCUUACUGGCAGCUGCCGGUGUCAUUGAUCACCCGUGGUGUGUUUGUCUGAACCGCUCAGCUGAGGUGGGGAAACACCUGGCUCAGGUUUUGAGGAGUAGACAGCAGGGGAAGCGCCCAGUCAGCCUCAUAGGUUUCAGCCUUGGAGCCAGAGUUAUCUACUACUGUCUUCAGGAACUAGCCAAAGACCAAGGCAGUGAAGGAGUAGUGGAGGACGUGGUCCUCUUGGGAGCCCCGGUGGAUGGCUCUGAAAAAGCCUGGAAGAGAAUGGCCGGGGUGGUGGCUGGAAAAAUAGUAAAUGGAUACUGCAGAGGGGACUGGCUCCUGGGGUUCUUGUACCGCAGUUCGGCAGCACAACUCUCUGUUGCUGGGCUACAGCCAAUCGACAUUCAGGAUCGACGCAUAAUCAAUGUGGAUCUUUCUUCUGUGGUUAAAGGUCACUUGGACUACAUGCGUCAGAUGGACACCAUCUUGGUUGCAGUAGGAAUUCCCACCAAAGAAGUACCUGGAGCGUCGUUUGCUCUUCCUCAGCCUGUACAAUUUACAAAGGAGACAGUGGACGUCUCGGACCAAGCCCUCAGUGAGCACCAAGUGACUGAGAUACAAAACGUGGCUGAGACUGGAGAGGCAGUGGAGGUGGAGGAGAACGAGGAGCCGGGUGACGGGUGGGAUAUUCCCGAUAUCUCGGAUCUGCUGGAUUCUUCAAAUGACACGGAAUCAGAGAAUCAAAUCACAGACAGAAACCAUUUACCACUGACAUCGGAGGAGAACGACACGGGUGAUGACACAGUGUCUACUUCUAAAGCUCAGUGUGACGAUGUGGAGGAGGCCGACCCAGAUAAUGAACACAUAUCAUGGAGCUGGGACGAUACGCACUGGAUUACAGAGCACGCAAAUGAACAAAGGCAGCCAAACUUGUAAAGAGCAUGAGUGGGACCAGCUGCUUCCUUGUCAUUUCUCAUUCUCUCAAGUUCUCCCUAUCAAGCAUCAAAGCUUUGUUGGGAAAAAAAUAUUCAUUCCAUUCACAACACUCAGCCAUGGCAGAGACAGCACAAGAGUCGGUGCACGCAUAUGGCAUCUUCAAGUGAAAAGCCCUUGAAUGAAUUGCUUGUUUAACCACUAUAAGUGUCUCUGGACUCACGUCUUCACCCAGUAACAAUUAAGUGUUGAGCGACUGAAGUAAUAUUUUCUUUUUUAACAAACUGUGAAUAGUCCUGUAAUUUAUUUUCACUGUGAACUCACCGAGCUGUAAAUGUACAUCAUGUUUUGCAGGUUUUGAUAGAUGCCGGAACACGCGUGAUACCUUUGUUAAUUUCCUUCCCUUUAAACUGCAUCUGUUGCUUGGUUACAAUGGAUGUUAUCACAGUGAAUUCAUUUCAAUAAGAUCAUGGGCAAUCCAGCGAAUGUAUCAUGCCCAAGGUCUUUCAUUUCUAUAUUCCACCUGCUUACAAUGGAAUUUACUCCUACCCCAUUCCCACUGGUCCAAAAAAAAGGUUUUUCAUCAUUGGGAAGAUGUUUGAUCAGGAUUCACUCCAGGGUCAAAUGACAGCUUCGGUGCUAAUCUGCAUCAGAGAGAAUGUAAGACCAGGGGAAAUCAAUAAGAGCCAUGGAGUUUGUUUACUGCUUCUGAUUCUCUCGUACGGGUGAAAACCCACCACAGAGCAGACCAAUGGGAAUGGUGUUAAUCGCCAUUAAAAAUCCUGGGUAUACCCGCUAAUUUAAGUGUAAAAAGAGGCUAUAGAGACAGCAUUGCCCCUGUUGCAUACUGGUAUUGAUAACUGGAAAUAAACCCUCAAGGUCCAGUGUGUAAGCUUUAGGUGACACUAUUUCCAUUUGGCAGAAAUUGAAUAUAAAAUAGUGAUACUGAUCUAAGAGUGAUCAUACAUUCACACCUGAAUGUAUGAAUUGUUGUUUUUCAUGUCCCAAGAAUGAGUCUCAUGAUCAGCUCUAUAGAGGCCUCCAAGUUGGACCCCUAUGUUUUUACGACAGUCCACAAUGGACUAACUAAAGACCUUUUGAGUUUUAAUGAUAACUAGCGGCUACCAGAGAUUCUCCUACAUGAAAGGAAAGGAAAACAAUAAUCAGAUGGAGUGGCAUUUUUUGUCUCAAUAGACAUUUUUCUGAGAUGAUGAAAACCAACGUUUUCAGUUUAAUGUUUUUUUAAAGGUUCAGUAUGUAAUAGAAAAAGUGUGUCAGGUAAUUAAGGUGACAUUUGCAUUCCAUAAACUAUGUUGUUCUUGUCGCGAGGUCCAGUUCGGCUGGUGUAGAAACAUGGCAUAAAAGGCCUUAUGCUUGAUCAGAUCGCGUGGGUUGCAGGUCUAGCAGGGAACCCCAGACUUCCCUUUCCCUGGCUACAUCAUCUAGUAGCUCUGACCUCUGAUCUUCAGGCGCUCCUAGGCUAGCGAGGAGGUAUAAUCUCUCCACCUAUUCCUAGAUCGGCCUCUAGGUCUUCUCCCAGUUGGAUGUGCGAGGAACAUCUCCCUAGGGAGGCGCCCUGGUCCCUGCCUCCUUACCAGGUGCCCGAACCACCUCAACUGGCUCCUUUUUCAGGCAAAGGAGCAACAGCUCUGCUUCAAGUCCCUCCCGGAUGGCUGAGAUACCCACUCUUAUGACAAAUUUCGGUCGCUCGUACCCACAAUUUUGUUCUUGUGGUCAUGAGCCAUCACUCAUGACCACAGGUGAGGGUAGGAAUGAAGAAUGUCCAGUAGAUCGAGAGCUUUGCCUUUCCGCUCAGCUCCCUUUUUGUCACAACGGUGCGGUAGAGCGAACACAGCACCGCUCCCGCUGCUCUGAUUCUCCGGCCAAUCUCACACUCCAUUGUUCCCUCUCUCAUUAAGCGAAGACCCCAUAAUGCUUAAACUCCUUCACUUGGGGUAAAUACUCAUUCCCCACCCGGAUCCGUUUCCUACUGAGAAUCGGAGGCUCAUUCUAAGACCAUAAAAAGUGAUUAAAAAAAGGUAAUAUGUGGUCAUUUCUGCGAUUAACACUGGGCCUUUGAAUUUAACAUCUGGUUAAUCAUUAACUCAUGGUGAGUAAAUCAUGAAUCAUCAUGAACUUUAUUUAGUGUCAAAUUCUUCUGUGUUAGCUGACUUUUGUAAUUGCUAUUCAGUCCAGGUUGUCAACCUGAUUGGGGAGAAGCAAGGGCAACUCAAUCCCAGCGUGAUCAGCAUCAAACAGGUUGACGGCGUCCGUGGCGGUGGCCGGGGCGUGAGUGGGGUCAGAGGGCAGCGGAGACGGGGAGUUGCUGGCAAUGUUGGGCUCUCCCGAGUUGCGCAGAGAGAGGGACAGAGCCGGGGAGGGUCUUCUUGGUGACUGGGAGGAACAGCAGGGCAAGAGCUUUGCCAAAGCUCGCUUGAAGUCUCUCAUGAACAGCGGGUAGAUGAUUGGGUUCAUGGUGCUGUUGCAGUAGCCCAGCCAGGUGAUGGCGUCAAAGAGCGCGAGGGGCACGCACUCGCACACCGCCUGAAUGAAGAUGGUGAAAAGGAGGGAAAAUGAGUUCAUUUGUGCCGACGUGUAAAUAAUAAUGAAAAAUGGAAGCACAUGUAUGUGCAUAUGCAUGUGGGUGGUGCAACACUGUCCUUGUGUGUUUUUCUGUAAUGUGCCAAGAAAUCUCACAAUGGGCUAAAAGAAAA